AUGCAGUCAAUCUCGCUUCCGUCCACCGAGCCACGGAAACGUCUAUGUUUGUCAGAUCCAAGAUGCAGACUCUGCCUGUUCGAUCUUGAAGACGAUGACGUGGUGGUUGCCUAUGUCUGGGACAAUGCAUUCACCGCCGAGUUUACCUUCUCUCGAAUGAGUUAUUACGAUGAUAGCAAGUAUUACGUACGGAUACACGCUUGCGGUGACAAGAAACGUUGCGAUAAGCAGAGCCGUCGUGUACCUUUUAUUCACGUUGACUGCCUUCGGAUCGCUCAACGAAACAUCAAAGGUGCUAUAUGCACGGGGCGGCUAACAUUCGAACCUACUGUCUACGAGCAAGUCAAGCGUCUUUCUCGCACGAAGGACUUUUUAUGUCAGAAGCUAGAUGCCGGUCUUGGGGACAAGUUGCCUGCAGAGAUCCUUGAUAGCAUAGCUGAGAUGCUCGUCCACGAAUGUGCAACUAUCACACACGAGCAACAGUCACAGCCAAUAGAGCGUGUGGAACCAACUACAUUUCUCUGGCUGCACGAAGAGGUAUAUGCAGCGUAUACUCUCCUUGACGGUGUGCGCUAUAUCAAAGAGCUCACAAACUCCAAAGACCACAUCCCGAAACAAACAUACACACUACUCAAGAGCCAAGGAGAGCCUUGUCAGAUCUGUAUUGCGGAGGACCAUCGUGGAAUUCGAGCUGUCAUGUUCUGCUCCCCGAUCACAGGCACAGCGCUUUUGGGUCCAGGUCCGAUUUCAGAUUCUUACUGGCGGGUCCUUCCGGGAUACCCUGUAAACUGGCGGAUCGCUUUGAAAUCCGAUGGCUACAAACUCCGGGAGAUCCUUGUCCCUGACGAUAUCAAACCCGACAAAGAAGUCCAAAGCUCCGUCCGCUGGGCAAGCCCAUUGCACCCGACCGAAAUCCUCACCCUGUGGAACACCAAUCACACUAGGCUAAAAGACAAGAAAGUAUUGAUGUCGUCUUUCGAUUGUAACGCCAAGGAUGUCACCGGCUACACUGUGGUUACGGAUGGAGACGACGUAGCUACUGUACACGCUCACAAGCCAGGCGAGGAGCCUAGAUUCUAUGCUGAGAUCGAUCAUUUCUGGCCAUGUGGAUAUUUCAUCUACAUGCCACUAGACAAGGAAGAAUACAUCAAGCUGAUCGCUGGACGGUCCAGCGACUCAUCGAUUCACGGCUCACAAAUAAAGAGCUCGUGCUUGGCGAUGAAAACUACCAAAGGAAGAAAAGUUAUAUUCGGUGCGGCGAAGUCAUCAGACGACUGGCAAGGCUCUUGUCCCAUCCUGUGGCCCACAACAGACGUAACACGGGUCUUUUUCAACGAGUACCGGCAUGUCUCCCUUGACUGCGUACGGUAUAUGGCAGCCAACGGAGCCGAGCAAAACCUUACACCAAACCGGCCACCUUUGGAAAUAGAAAACUUCCCAAAUGUCUGCACAAAGAAAAACGGGCCGUGGUUCAAAUCAUCAUGCAGCACGCAAGGAAUCAUUGGAAUCACGCUUUGCCGAGAUCUUGCACUAGCACACAAACCUAUCAUCGGACUACUGGCGGAAUACGAAAACGAUCAUCGGGAGUGCCUGGGCCAAUUUCGCUUUGAUAGGUCCCUGGAAAAGGUUCGACUCGAUGUGGAUACGGACUUCUACGGAAUCCCUUCCAAUGCUGGGAUUAAAACAAAGACAAUCCCUUAUGCACCAGGCCUCCCUUCUCGCCUGAACAUUGAGAAGUUCUUCCCUUCCGAUGAUCCCUUGAUCAAGAAGCAAUGGACCUUGAUGGUCAUGGCCAUGAACCGCUUCAAGGCAAUCGGCGUAGAGGAAAGGCUCUCUUACUCUCAGGUCGCGGACAUUCAUGCAUACCCUCUUCAACGUUGGGAUGGAGCCAAGCCACCUCCACAGCAUCCUAAAAACCCAGUUCCAGGAGACAACCCGAAUGGAGGCUAUUGCCAAUCACGUUUCCCACCUGGCAUCGACCCUACAUGCUGCUUUUCGAGAGGAGAGCUGGACGUUCCCAACCCAUUCUGGGGAUUCGAAAAUCCGGAGAAGGAAAAUGGUAAAGCAAGAGCUUUUGGAAAGAUGCCUGAGGGUAAGACCCAGUGGAACAUCGCAGACGAUGUUAGCGCUGGAUUUCCCUGGACCCAGUGGUCGGAUGUCAGUCGUUAUGGCGUCUUCAGCAAAGAGGGUGGCGGCUUUACAGGCCUAGAGGGUGUCAACAACUACGUUGAGGCCAACUUCAUCUUCAACAACUUCGACAAAAACUGGUACAAUCCGAACAACAAGGACCAUAAACCUGAUUUCAAGCCGCCGGGAACAUUAGCUAAUGCCGUCAAUCGUCUGUUCUCGCACAAGUAUACAGAUACCUGGGACACAUUUGCGAGUACCAAGCACUGGGCUGAGAGUGCUCAGGAAGUCAGUACUGGUUACCUUUCACUUGAGUACAUACAUAACAAUGUCCAUAAUCUUACCGGUGGAUCUAAUUUGACGAAGCCAGCCCCCGGUGCCAUUGGAUGUUAUGGCCAUAUGUCGGACGUCCCAGUCGCGGCCUUUGAUCCCGUAUUCUGGCUGCAUCACUGUAACAUCGAUCGUCUCCUGGUCAUGUGGCAAGCUUUGAAUUGGCAGGCCUGGUUUGAUCAGCCUCGCUUUAACCAGGGGAAGGUUCCAGACAAGAGUCAGUACGAUGACCUUUUGCCAUUCCACGCCAUUGAGACCGAUGAUCCGGCGACUGGGUAUUGGAGGUCGCACGACGUGAGAGACUGGACCAAGCCCCACUACCAAUAUGACGACCUCAUCCCUCUCCCUGAUGCAAUCCUUGAUGAUCAAACCCUGAAUGAAGAACGAUUCAAGUCCGAUCUUGCAGCACGCAUCCAGAAGAUCUACCCCAGUGCUCAGAAAUACUAUGAGGCUAUCUAUGCCAAUGAUGACAUCCCCAGCAAAGAUUUCUUUGGGCCCAUCAACACCGAGAAAACAACUUGGAACGACUAUGUCAUUAAUGCCAUCUAUGAUCGGUAUGCACUCAACGGAAAGUCAUAUUCUAUCCAAUUCUGGCUCGGAGGCCAAGACAACGACCGCGAUUCAACCUUCAAGUAUGAGGAGAAUCUGAUCGGUCAGGUGUACUCGUUGGGUGGAAUGGAACCCUCCAAUGAGGGCUGUGCCAACUGUGGCGACCAAAAGGACAAAAACGUCCUCUCCCGAGCUCAGGUCUUACUCACCAUUCCGGUGAUGUCUCAAGCGUUGGAUAGCCGCUAUCAGCACAUCUCUUCACCCAUAAGAGACUCGGUCGAAGGGUAUUUCAAGAGGCACCUGCACUGGAAGUUUGUUGAGAUCGGAGGCCAGGAGAGACCAGCCAGCGACUUCCGCCACACUCAGGUUUCUGUGCUGAAGGGAACAGGAAAGGCACAGGAGCCCGCUGAGGACACCCAGAAGCCUCUGCCACCGAUCUAUGCCAACUAUGAGAUUUUGUACAAACCUACGGAGCAGAAGACCUGCGGAUUGGCACGCGGGGACGAUGUUCUUGGAGAGGAUGAGGACCUUCGUUUCAGGAUAUUCGAAUAG